AGUAGCUCAGCUACAACCAAUCUAAUAUCCGAGGGUUUUAUUUAGCUAAGUGCUUUAUCCGAAGUGUUUUAUUUAGGGCAGAAUAAGAAUUAUCGUAGCGUAAACAGCACAAAAAAAUUUAUGGUUCUUUUACCCUCUAUCUGUGAAUAUUUUGACUAAUUUUCAUUGCACUCUCACUUAGUAUUUCUACAACUAGAGCAGGGUAAAAUAUCCAGGUUUCGCUUUACAAUGUCGUGUCAUCAAACAUAACCAAAGUAACAGUUUCAAAUUCAUGAAACCUUUUCCUCCGCGGACUCACCAAUUUCCCAAGUUACAAGCCUUAGUUUCUUCAAUUCGAAAAUCUUUAGGAUCCCCACAAAACCCAGUUCUUAUUUUGGAACUUCUAGGCAAAGCGUUGGAUCAAUACCCAGAUAUCAAAACCUUGAAAAAUGUCCAUUCCAAAGUUUUUAAUCUCAACUUUCACGAAAACCCGUCUCUGGGGAUCAAACUCAUGCGGGCCUAUGCUGCCUGUGGAGAACCCGGGUUGGCACGCAAGGUGUUUGAUGAAAUUCCAGAGAGGAAUGUUGUUUUCUAUAAUGUAAUGAUUAGAAGCUAUGUGAAUAACCAUCGGUACAAUGAUGCAUUGCUUGCUUUCAGGGACAUGGUUAGUCUUGGGUUUGGCCCUGAUAACUAUACCUACCCUUGUGUCUUGAAGGCUUGCUCUUGCUCUGACAAUUUGAGGUUUGGGUUGCAGCUUCAUGGAGCUGUGAUGAAGGUUCAGCUUGAUUCGAAUUUGUUUGUUGGGAAUGGUCUCAUUGCUUUGUAUGGGAAGUGUGGUUGCUUGCUGGAGGCGCGGCAUGUUCUUGAUGAAAUGCCAAGCAGGGAUGUUGUUUCAUGGAACUCGAUGGUUGCUGGGUAUGCACAGAAUAUGCGGUUCGAUGAUGCUUUGGAGAUUUGCCGAGAAAUGGAGGGUCUGAGGCAGAAACCAGAUGCAGGUACAAUGGCUAGUCUCCUGCCAGCAGUAACUAACACUUCGUCAGAAAAUGUUCUGUAUGUUAAGGAGAUGUUUGUGAAUAUGGAGAAGAAAAGUUUGGUUUCAUGGAAUGUGAUGAUAACUGUAUAUAUGAAAAACUCAAUGCCUGGAAAAGCUAUUGAUCUAUAUUUACAAAUGGAGAAUUUUGAAGUGGAACCAGAUGCAAUCACUUGUGCUAGUGUUCUUCCAGCAUGUGGGGAUCUCUCAGCUUUGUUGUUAGGAAGGAGGAUUCAUGAAUAUGCUGAGAGGAAGAAGCUAUGUCCAAAUUUGCUUCUUGAGAAUGCACUGAUAGACUUGUAUGCUAGGUGUGGAUGUCUAGAAGAAGCGAAAAAAGUGUUUGACAGAAUGAAGUUUCGUGAUGUUGCAUCAUGGACUUCCUUGAUAUCUGCCUACGGUAUGACUGGACAAGGCCAUAAAGCUGUGACACUCUUUACUGAAAUGCUAAAUUCAGGUCAAACUCCAGAUUCUAUUGCCUUCGUCGCAAUUCUCUCGGCUUGUAGCCAUUCGGGAUUACUAAAUGAAGGAAAGUUUUACUUUAAGCAGAUGACAGAUGAUUACAGAAUAACACCAAAAAUUGAGCACUUUGCUUGUUUGGUGGAUCUUUUGGGACGAGCUGGGCAAGUAGAUGAGGCCUAUAACUUCAUCAAACAGAUGCCAAUGGAACCUAAUGAAAGAGUUUGGGGGGCUCUGCUUAGCUCGUGCCGGGUGUACUCCAACAUGGAUAUUGGACUUCUAGCAGCUGACAAACUACUUCAGUUGGCUCCUGAGCAAUCAGGUUACUAUGUAUUGUUAUCUAAUAUUUAUGCAAAGGCUGGUAGAUGGACAGAAGUAACAGCUAUUCGAUCCCUAAUGAAGAGGAGAAGAAUUCGGAAAACGCCUGGCAUCAGCAAUGUUGAGCUGAAUAAUCAGGUCCACACCUUUCUUGCCGGUGACACGUCACACCCACAAUCAAAGGAGAUAUAUGAAGAGCUAGGUGUGCUGGUGGGGAAGAUGAAAGAGUUGGGUUAUGUCCCUGAGACAGAUUCUGCUCUUCAUGAUGUGGAGGAGGAGGAUAAAGAAUGCCAUCUAGCUGUUCACAGUGAGAAAUUAGCUAUUGUAUUUGCUAUUCUCAAUACCAGGGAGUCCCCAAUCAGAAUCACCAAAAACCUUCGUGUUUGUGGAGAUUGUCAUAUUGCUGCCAAGCUUAUCUCCAAGAUAGUUCAACGUGAAAUUGUUGUUAGGGACACCAAUCGAUUCCACCAUUUUAAGGAUGGUAUAUGCUCUUGUGGUGAUUAUUGGUGAAGCUACUUGAGGCAGAAGCAAACUGCAAUUUGACAACGUCAAUGGCAUAUGAUGGCGGAUAAUUCUUUUAUUUCUUAAUUUUAACUUAUGAGCGAAGAUUAGUUUAUUGUAACAUUUUUUUUUUCAUAUGUAUUUAUUGAGAAGUUUAUUCAAACUGGCCAAAUGUAUUUUAUAGGAAUUUUUUCUGAUUGGCACAAGUAACUUCAUUUCAUUUAGAAGAGCUUAAUGGUGUGUUUGGAUGAGGAAUUUA